UUGUUCAGAUUCUGAGGUCUGUCAGUCAAUUUUACUUCAACAGUGAAAACAAGAUUUGUAAUUAAAUGAUCCUUCAUUUGUCAAAUGAAUUUUAGUGUUUUGAAUCCUACUCCUAACUGAGGUGACACCAGCCAGCGGGCUACGAAACCAGGCCGAAAUGUCUAAUAACGAAGUGGAAGAAGCCAUCAAGCGGAUAAUGUCCCACAAGGGAGUGGUUGGACUCAUUGUGAUUAACCAUGAAGGUAUUCCGAUCAAGUCAACCUUGGAGAAUUCUUUGAGUGUCCAAUACGCCGCCCAAGUGACUCAGAUGGUUGACAAAACUAGAUCCAUGAUCAAGGAGUUGGACAAUAACAAUGACCUCACAUUUAUCCGACUUCGGACCAAGAAACACGAAGUUCUAGUCUGUCCAGAGAAAGAGUAUUCCAUGAUUGUGAUCCAAAAUCCCAUCGACACUUGAAAUCUCACUCGUUAAUUCUAAUUUGUCGUAUGAAUUAUAGAAAGUCAGCACACGAAAAAUUGCUAACUCGUUGUUUCAUUAAUUUCAAAACUAUAGGCAUCUUAAUUAAUAUUGUACAUAUGCAUGCAACCUAUGUUAUUUCUAUGUAAUAACACUAAAAUAUAUCAAUCAUGUAUGAAGUCCACCCCGCAUUUUAAUAUUAAUUUUGCAAUGAAUGAUCAUAUUUAUUUUAUAACAUAAUAAAUACAAUUACAUUCUUGUUA